AUGUAUGCGCCGCCAAAGCGUGAACGUCCAGCUGGACGUACCUUUUACACUACUGUCCUUGCAAUAUCUACAAUCGCCGCUCUCUCCUUCAUCAAUCACCACCGUGGAAGUGCUGGACUUUCUCAUCAACUCGAGGGCAGAUCGCUGGGGUUCAGGCGGGAUGAAGAGUGUCGGCUUGUUUACAGAUCUCCUGACAAGUGCGCCUUUGUGAAAGCCAAUUGUCCUGACGAAGAAGCCGGCCUGAUAUCCUACCUGCAACUCUAUUACUGCUCACACUCAAGCGCGCAACCUAUCGCCUUCGGAAUACUCGUAAUAUGGAUCGGUCUCCUGUUCAGCACGAUCGGUAUUGCUGCCUCCGACUUCCUAUGCAUCAACCUGAGCACCAUAUCCAGCAUCCUUGGUAUGAGUGAAAGUCUGGCAGGAGUAACAUUCCUUGCGUUUGGAAAUGGAAGUCCGGAUGUGUUCUCGACGUUUGCCGCCAUGAGCAGUCAUAGUGGCAGUCUAGCUGUGGGUGAGCUUAUCGGAGCUGCCUCGUUCAUUACCGCGGUGGUAGCAGGGAGCAUGGCUCUGGUCAGACCGUUCAAGGUCACUCGAAAAAGCUUCGUUCGAGAUGUUAGCUUCUUUGUGGUGGCGGCCUGCUUCAGCAUGGUAUUCUUAGCCGACGGUAGGCUGCACACGUGGGAGUGUGCCUGCAUGGUCGGCUUCUAUCUCUUCUACGUUAUCUUUGUGGUUACUUGGCAUUGGUGGCUUACGAGAAGGCAACGCCGGAGGCUGAGGGAAACAGCUGCCAGAUUACACCUUAACAUACCACGAACACAGGAGCUUGAUGUUGCAGAAGUAGAAGAAGACGAGGAGGCCCCUGCUGGCGAGACCACUCGUCUGCUACGACCCGUUUCUGAGGUUGAUUUCGCAGAUUUGGAAGGCAAUAUCACCCCAGCGUGGAAGGAGCCGGAUGACGAUGACGAUGAACAGCGAGACCGACAUCUAGCCGAAAUACAAAGCAACAUGCGUGUGAGCAGACCUCCAAGAGGUGAGCGGAGGAAUACAAUCAAUCCGAUCAGGCCGUCACUCGUUGGAGCUCUGGAGUUCCGCUCGGUGCUUAACUCGCUCGGAAAACGAAGUAUGCAUGCACCUCAUAUUAAUCUGCGGAGGUAUUCAGAUGAUCCAUCCGUUGUGCUCGGGCAAGGUAAUGCGCAAGCAUUGGAAGCUGCUCAUGCUAGAAGUCAUUCUCAUCAUCAAGGGGAUCCAAGUGGUCUGCGAACUUCUCACAACAACAGUGGACGUGGCAGGGCAGUCUCAGCGAACGACGCAGCAGGGUUGAGGCUCCAGAAACCGGCCCUACGUGGCGGAGAUGCUCUUUCUGAGUCAGGGAUCAAAAUAUCGUCGCCUCUGCUAGAGAGCCAGUCCCAGGCCUCCUCGACACCUGGCCUUUCUCCUGUUCUAGGCUCUCCAAUACUUUUUGUCUCUCCGCCAGCAUCCUCGCAAGCGUCCAGAGAUCAUAGUCGCGAGCCUCCGCUGAUUCGGUUACCAGACCGGCUUGCGCCUCCUGGCCCUUCUUUCCAUCGCCCUGAUUAUUUUGAUCAAGCCCACGACCCGAGUCCAGCUUCCAAUCUGUGGCCCCACAUGGGCAGCAAGCCAGAUGUGCCCAAAAUAUCGAUACCCCAACCACCUUCACCGACAUCAUCACCCUCAUCAGCCUUUCCAUUGUACACGGAUACACCGACGCAUUUGACGUCCGCAACGUCCAGGCCACCUAGCAUCCGGCUUCCGGCGCCAGCUUUGUCACCCCAGUCAAUUCAUGAACUGCCGUACGCUGCAGAGGACUAUGAGGAUUAUAACGAGUCGAAGCUGCGUGCAUAUAAAUGGUGGCCUUACAAGUAUUUGCCACCGCCUCAAGUGAUAGCCCGCACUCUAUUCCCAACAAUUUAUUCAUGGCGUGGCAAGAGUAUUUGGGACAAACUGCUUGGAAUUGUCAGUGUACCCAGUGUUUUCCUUCUGACUAUCACCCUUCCCGUUGUCGAGACAGAAAACAAGCGGGAACCUUUGGAAGCACCGUCUGGGCUUAUAACGCCUAGAGAGAAUCCACGGUUGAGAAGCGGAUCCCUGGUUCAAUUACCGCUCGACAGCCCAGAGCCUCCAGUGCAGCAAUUCGAGGUGCCUACUCACCCCAGCAAACAGAAUUCCUUGCAGGUCAAUCACGGCCAUCCCCUCAACCACCUCGACGACGACAUGUCCAAGCCAAAGGAAUGGAAUCGCUGGCUCGUCUGCCUCCAACUCUUCACCGCACCCCUCUUCACCAUCAUGAUCAUCUGGGCGAACCUAGACGACGACCACGACGUUCCAUCAUUCAUCCGUGCCAUCCUCUGCUCCCUCCUCCUUUCCCUAGUUUGCCUUCUCAUCCUCCUCGCAACCACAACACCCGAGCAUCCGCCCCAAUACCGCUCGCUCCUCUGUUUCCUGGGCUUCGCCGUAGCAAUCGCCUGGAUCUCUACCAUCGCCAAUGAAGUCGUCGGCGUCCUUAAAGCGUUUGGAAUCAUCCUCGGAAUUAGCGAUGCGAUCCUUGGGCUCACUAUCUUUGCGGUGGGGAACUCGCUCGGAGAUCUGGUAGCUAAUAUCACGGUGGCAAAACUGGGGUACCCUGUAAUGGCGCUGUCUGCAUGCUUCGGUGGACCAAUGCUCAACAUCCUCCUGGGCAUCGGCGUCUCGGGUCUCUACAUCACGAUCCGUCAUGGCGCCAAGGCUCACCAUAAACAUCCUGAUCGGCCGAUCGAGUAUCAACCAUAUGAGAUUGCGGUGUCGAAUACAUUACUCAUCUCGGGGAUCACCUUGCUGGUGACACUGGUGGGGCUGCUGGUGGUGGUUCCUUUGAACGGGUGGAUGAUGGAUCGCAAGGUUGGAUUGGGAUUGAUUUGUCUAUGGACCUUGAGCACGAUUGGAAAUGUGAUUGUGGAGGUGAUUGGAUGGGGCGGGGAUUUGGCUGUGUAUUGA